GUGUGUUGUGAUCGUUUGAAUUCCGGUGGAAAACUGUGAAAUUUUCAGCCGAUUCGGCUUUGUGAAAUAUUCAAAUCGUUUCCCCCGUGUGCAGUUGUUAGUGUGGAAUAAAUAUCCAGUCGCAAUGCGCCAUGAAACAGACGAAACAACGGGGAAAUUGUAAUACUUUCCUAACUGCCAACACUAACCGGCGACGGAUUCACGGGCUGCUCAAAAACAAGCGCCGUGUGCGUGGGAACAAGCCGUAAGUAAAUACGGCCCCGGUUACAUAUCUACAGCGUGCGAGGCGCCACCAGUAGGAAUUUGACCUGAGUUUGUGAUUGUGUGUUGUUCGAGUUUUUGCUUUUGAAUCAUCGACGGAAAAAGAUUUCUUGUUUUGAAAGUGAAACACGUUGAGUAGCAAGAAGGAUCAGGCACCAAUAUGACGGGCCGGAUGGACAAUCUGGAGUUGCUGUCCGACGAUGAACUUCGGCUGCGGUUGAUGCAGUAUGGCUUUCAGAAUUUGCCCGUCACAAGUCAUACUCGUAAGCUGUUGAUAAAAAAGCUCCGCAAUCUCAUGGAUAAUGAGAAGGGGAAGCUUCGUCGUGAGACAAGUUACGCGACGCGUUACUCGUCCGGUGAAGAAUCCGACGGAGAAAGGCGCACCGGAACCCGGCGGGCAACGACUUCCGGUGCUUCCAGUGCAAGAACGACGAUGCCCCCACCGGCAAGUCGGCCUACCGGCAAACGGGCCGGAAAUCAUUCGCCCGCUUCGAACAGCAGCUUACUGUUCAACAACAACAAUAACACUCACAACAAAUCGAUUUCACCCGGUUCGGGCAAGAGUUCCGUGUAUAUUUCGCCGGUCAUCAUCAACGACAGCAAGGACGAGAGCUACUCCAGCGGUUUGAAGAAGUCGGCACAUUUGUACGCCAACUCACCCUCUGCGGCCAGUGCACUGUUUCGUCGCACCACAACCAGUACCUUUUCAACUCCGCCGAGACUUCCGGCAAGCUCAGUUCUAACCAGCACAAACCCGGCUGCUGUUGCUUCGGUUACCGGCACUGGUUACCGAGCUACUGGGAACAGCCACGGUAGCUCUUUGACCGCCUUGAAUGCCCCGUCGAGCAGGUUAAUGAAUGACUCGCACAGCUCGAAUGGCAGUGCUUCGGACUCUCCCUUCAUCAGCGAAUACACCAAGCGGCUUUUGCAGCUACGCGGCGAAACUGUUUCGCACGAAAACUUCAACAACGCCAUCGGAAGCGCCAUAAGCAGCGGAAGCAAUCUCAGCUUGAAUCACAGCGGAGCACCAAUCAGCGGGAAUCAUUUCCGCAGCCGAUACAGCUAUGGUGGUCGGCAUUCGGCAAAUCACAGCGACGCUGGCGGCGGGAACGGUUUCAACGAGAACGACAUUGUAACCCAUGCUCAACCGAGUCCGGAACCUCCGCAGAUUCCGCUGCGAGUGGCUUUGGGAAACCUUAUUACCAAGCUGGACGAACAUUACGGUUUUAAGCAAACGUUUAUUCCAUGCGCGCUACUGUGCCUGUUUGUUGCCUUUUUGGUAGUUGUGGCGUUCAUGUAUAUGACCAUUAGUACGGACAUUGAAAGCGCGCUUACUUCAAUUGACACCAGAUACGACCUUUGCGAAAGCAUUUCGGCUGAUACCAGCCGAUGCGUCACACAAUCGGAACUUGAACCGGCACUGGAAAUGCUCAAACUUGUUGGUGCGGAACUGAAACGUCAGGUGGAGCACAGUAAGUGUGUCGAUUCCAGUGCACCGUACGUGAUGAGUGCCGACGAGGUUCUGAAGUUGGCUAAAAAGCACAAUCCAUCGACGCUGAUACCGCAGCUUACCCGGCAUUUGCACACCAUGGAAUAUUUGAUUGAUCGCAAUCCGCAGUGGAGGAUAAAUCACUGCGAUCAGGACGGCAAUGAGAUCGGUUUCGAGGAAGUGUUGAAGAAACGAUCCACAAUGAGCAACUAUUUCGCCAUUCUGAAUCCGAAGCUUCCGUUUAGCUGCAUGCUGUACAAUAAGUUUCACACGUUUUUCGUGAUUGUUGGCGUGCUUGGGCUGAUCGGAAUUGUCACAUAUCUAUUUCAUUAUUUCCUGAAGUUCGUUCUAUACGUCAAGCAGAAACGCAAGGAUCAGGUGAACAUGUUGAUAAAUGAUAUUAUUCAAGCUGUAAGUCAAGCGGCAACUUCUGGUGGUGGAAGCGAAUCAUCCGACGAAGGCGGUGCCAUUGUAGUUAAUCACCUACGCGAUCGGUUGAUUUCGCACGAUAACCGCAAGAAGCUAGAAUGGGCUUGGGUGGAAGCACUGCAAUUUCUCGAGCAGAAUGAAAGUCGAAUUCAGUUCGAAGUGGGCAGCCGAGGAGGCGAAGAUUUCAAGAUCAUGCGCUGGAUAGACGCGGCACCGGCCGCGUCUUUGUCAACCGUUGCGGGCAGCCGAUCGAAUCCGGGAGGAGCAAAGAAAUGGCAAAGUCCUGCCUUCGACAACACCAACAAAAUUCCGGACCCGCCAACACCUUGCCUGAAAAUUCGACAAAUGUUCGACAAAUACGAAGUGAACGAUCCUAACCUGAAGACGAUUGUUCAGGAUGCCAUUCUGGAGAAGGUUGGCACACGGUGCAAGAUCUACGAUAUUCAACUAGACCGAAACAGUUGCUGCGUUUACGUGCGUUGUGCUACCGCCAAAGAUGCAGGCAUCGUUCAUGACGAAAUCAACGGCUGGUGGUUCGACAAUCGGUUGGUUUCCAUCAAAUUUCUGCGACUGGAACGUCUGCUAGCCCGCUUUCCGCGUACGUCUGCCGGUCCGGCCUGUUUAAAACCUUCGAAUCGAAACAAUAGCUCAAUGUCACAACAGCCACCGGCGGGCGAUCGGCCUCCGAAUCAAGCGGACAGGGACGAAGACGACGAAGAGGAAGAAGAUGACCUCGAGAUGGAGCAGGAGCCAGAGUGCUAGUAAUUUAAUUUUAAACAUGAGUUUUCUAAUUUUAGUGUCAUUAGUUUUGAAUUACCGCAUUUGCUUUUAUACUGUUUCACAAAUCUUACAAAACCAUCGGACGAAUCGUUUGAACGGAAGUUUCUUCUACGAGUAACCGACUAACAAAAUUAGUGUGGAAUAUUGAACAUAAAACAACAAUAAUAUCGUUAACGUUACAAAUCAGAGAAAAUAAAGAUAAAUUUUGUUGGUUUAAUGUACUGUUGAGAGGUCGUAUAAUGUAAUAUUACAUCAAAUCGAAUUAUUAUCAUUUUAGUAACAAAAUAAAAAACAAGAAGCUGCACUUCCGCACCAAGCAGCUUAAUUAAAGCUAAUGGCUCAGGGGUGUUAAACGUAAAGUUUGCAUUAAGAAAAAAGUACUGAUUAAAAUGCAAACCGAAAAAUCGUGACCUGGUUAGAAUCACAGGAGAUAAAUCGAGAACUGUAGCCUCCUCUAGGCGGCGGCGGCGGUCGACAGACAAAAUCACACAGAAGACUAGGUCAAUACUGCGUUAUCAUUAACUUUAGCUGGUUAUGAGGAAAAAAUGUAUCUGACUAAACAUCUGAAACUUAUUAGCUUAAGCAAACAUUGUAAAAUAUGAUCGAUGAGGAAAUAAAUGGUACAUUCUU